AUGGAAGGGGAGUAUUUGUCGUCUUUGGGCAGCGUCUCGGAUAGCUCGGAUGGUCAGAUGUGGGGAAUGCUGGAUGUGCGGAAAGUCUCGUCAGAGGAGGAGUUUGCUUCACUGAAGAAGAAGAUACGAAAGGGGAAAAAAGCAUGGUUGGCCAAACAGCAGCAGCUGGUGAAGUCUCCAACGCGGAAAAAGGGUGGCCAAAAGCCUCGAGAGACGUUGGUUAUCUCAGACGACGACACGAGCCGCAAUAAACGGGUGGGGUUGGAAACCAACUCGGGAUCCACUCCCGUGAAAGCCCCCCUUCCUAAACAUCCCGCAGACCGUAUAGAAAGCGGAGACCACUCAGAAGCCACGAACCGCCCAGGUCAAGCCGGGACUGGAGACAGUGCAAGUGCAUCAGCAGAUCCGAACCCAUCAGAUCCGAACCCAUCAGAUCCGAACCCAUCAGAUCCGAACCCGUCAGGUCCGAACCCGUCAGGUCCGAACCCAUCAGGUCCGAACUCGUCAGGUCCGAACCCGUCAGGUCCGAACCCGUCAGGUCCGAACCCGUCAGGCCCGAACCCGUCAGGUUCGAACCCGUCAGGCCCGAACCCGUCAGGGCACGCUAGAACCGAUUCCCGGCGGAAAAAGAACUCUUCGGGAAAUCGGCACGCGACUCCCAAGAAACAGAAACUGCAACCGUUCAGUACUGUAUCCAACCCGAACAAGUAUGUCAUGACGUACAGCAUGCGACCUAGACAGAGUUAUAUGAACUCGAUCACAGGUCAUAAGGGCGAGUACGUUGUAAACGAAAUGUUGGAGAGAGAACUUGCUGGCACAGGGCUGAAACCAUGUUGGGUAAAUCGAUCGGAGGAAACAAGACUACCCUAUGAUGUAGUUGUUCUGGACGAGUCUAACACAGAGGUAAUGUUUAUUGAGGUCAAAGGCAGUCAGCAUGAAAAUAAUCAAUUUUACCUGAGCGCACAGGAACUGGACAUGGCAAUUAAAGAAGGCGACAGGUACUUCGUCUAUUACGUCUCUAAUCUUGCGAAAGAACCGACUCUGCGAAUGUGA